AUGAACAGGUGCCACGACCGAGAAGAGGCCCCUUCUGACAACCGUGAUUUGUUUAGGCACAAACAGGUGCAAGUCAACAUCUCAUUACUCAAUGUCAUUGCUCAUAUUCCAAAGUAUGCAAAAAUUUUGAAGGAUCUAUGCACUAACAAUAGGAGAUUCAAAGAGCAUGAACAAGUUGCGUUGAGUGAAGAGGUCAGUGCAAUGUUACAAAGAAAGCUACCUCCAAAGCUAAAGGAUCCAGGUUCGUUUUAUAUACCUUGCAUAGUUGGUGAUUUUAAGUUUCAAAAAGCUUUGCUUGAUCUUGGUACUUCUAUAAAUCUUAUGCCAUAUCAUGUUUAUGAGAAACUUAACCUUGGUGAGUUGCAAGCCACAACUGUGCGCAUUCAAUUGGCAGAUAAAACUAUUCGGUACCCCAAGGGCAUUCUAGAAGACGUUUUGGUGAACGUAGAAGGUUUAAUCUUGCCAGCCGAUUUCUUAGUCUUGCAGAUGGAAGAAGCACCAAUUCCUGACAAUGAAUUGCCCCUUAUCUUUGGCCGACCCUUCAUGGCUACUGCUAAGACCAAGAUUGAUGUAGAGCAAGGCACUCUCACCAUGACCGUUAAUGGAGAAACUGUUUCCUUCAAAGUGUUUGAUGCCCUGAAGCCAAAUGUUGUACAAGAUUGUUUUCAAAUUGAAGUAUUUGGUAAUCCAAGAAAAGAGAGAUUUGAUGGCCUUCCAUAUUCAGUAGAAUCAUUCUUGCUGAAAAGAGGAGACAAGGAGUAG